UGCGGAGCUCGAGUCAAGAUGGAGGAGUACGCGCGAGAACCUUGCCCCUGGCGAAUUGUGGAUGACUGUGGUGGAGCUUUUACGAUGGGCACCAUAGGUGGUGGUAUCUUUCAAGCAAUCAAAGGGUUUCGGAAUUCUCCAGUGGGAGUCAACCACAGACUACGAGGAAGCUUGACAGCUAUUAAAACCAGGGCUCCACAGUUGGGAGGCAGCUUUGCCGUUUGGGGUGGUCUGUUUUCCAUGAUUGACUGUAGUAUGGUUCAAGUCAGAGGGAAAGAAGAUCCCUGGAACUCCAUCACAAGCGGUGCCUUAACAGGAGCCAUACUGGCAGCAAGAAAUGGACCAGUGGCCAUGGUUGGGUCAGCUGCAAUGGGUGGCAUUCUUCUAGCUUUAAUUGAAGGAGCUGGUAUCUUAUUGACAAGAUUUGCCUCUGCACAGUUUCCCAAUGGUCCUCAGUUUGCUGAAGAUCCCUCCCAGUUGCCUUCAACACAGUUACCAUCCUCACCUUUUGGAGAUUAUCGACAAUAUCAAUAGAACUGGUGCCCCAAGAUUUAACAGAAUGAGCUAUAGUUCAAGAAUGAUUUUGGAAGAACACAUUCCAUUCUGUUUUUAAAACCAUAGAUGGGGCAACUGUGGCCACAUAGGCUAUCAGAAGACAUUUAGCACUUUUUGCUAUUUAAAGGAA